GCAGGCGAGCGCGGCGCGAGGGGCGGAGCCGCGGCCGGUGGCGAGGCUGGCGAGCACCGUUAGCGGGGCUGGCGCGCGGCGUCGGCCGGGCCGCCGUCAGGCCUCGCCGCUGCCCGGGGACGGACUCCCCGGCGGCUGACAGUCGCGGAGACGGGACGACGGAGGACCGUCGGCCAGCAGUCUCGUAGCGCGAUCACCCAGGAAGAGACCUUGUGAGCAGAUCAGGAGAAGGCGUCGGUUUGGGACACCACUCGCAGCUGGACAUGGGGAAUGGACUGUCAGAGCAGACUUCCAUCCUGCCCAGCCUGCCGUCCUUCCAGGCCUUCCAUAUUGUCAUUCUGGGUCUGGACUGCGCUGGGAAGACAACCGUUUUAUACAGGCUGCAGUUCAACGAGUUUGUAAAUACCGUGCCCACCAAGGGGUUUAACACGGAGAAGAUUAAGGUAACCUUGGGCAAGUCCAAAACAGCCACUUUUCACUUCUGGGAUGUAGGUGGUCAAGAGAAGUUAAGGCCACUGUGGAAGUCGUAUACCCGGUGCACAGAUGGCAUUGUGUUUGUGGUGGACUCGGUCGAUGUGGAGAGAAUGGAAGAGGCCAAGACGGAACUUCAUAAAAUCACUAGGAUAUCAGAAAACCAAGGGGUGCCUGUGCUUAUAGUGGCUAACAAACAAGACCUGAGGAACUCACUGUCACUCUCAGAGAUUGAGAAAUUGUUAGCCAUGGGUGAACUGAGCUCAUCGACCCCUUGGCAUUUGCAGCCCACCUGUGCGAUCAUAGGAGAUGGACUAAAGGAAGGACUUGAGAAACUACAUGAUAUGAUAAUUAAAAGAAGAAAAAUGUUGCGGCAACAGAAAAAGAAGAGAUGAAUGGCAUCUUUUAUAUGGGUGUGGAAUCAGUUUUCCUUGGGCUGAUUUUGACAAGUUGAGUGUCUACAGCCUGGUUUGCCUGUCUGCCCUCCUGGAUGCUGUUAAAGCUUUGUUUUGUUGAACAGUCAGAUACACAACUCUGUUGCCUUGUGGAAGAUGAGUAAAUGCCGUGGUCUCUUCUCCCUGACCCACAAUCUUUUGGUACUGCCGUUUUGGGAAGCCAAAAAAAAAAAAAAAAAAAAAAAAAGGCUAGUAAUUGACCAGAAAACAAUUUUGUGGAAAUAUUUGACCUGAAGUUAGUGAAAUAAAACUUUGAAGAGUGUAUAUGCUUAAUGUAUUGUGCUUGUAUCUUUUGGGGGGAAGCCUUUGCCAAGAAAUUGCAAAACACUUGUAAGCAAAAAAUGCUGAUGAAUGGAAAUGUUAAGGUAGCUUAUUGUACACACACACACUUAAAUUGAACACACUGGGAUAAGAAGGAAGUAUUUUCUCUCUUGAGGUUUUGGCCAGGUGAUUUUUAAUGUUUUUCUGGAACCAAUUUUAAUGCUAUCUCUUUAAUUCUAGACAAUGUUAAUUUAGUUGGUCCAGCAUCAGUAAAAAUGUUUGUGGUAUAUUCAAGUGCAUGGAUUUGUUUUCCCGACAAGCAUGUUUGGGUGUGUGAUCUUUAGAAAUAGCUGUGCAUCUGUUUACACAGGGCUAACCAACUUUUUUGGGCCUUAGAGCUAUUGUAGAAAUAGUUCAUUGUGAGAACUGUCACUUGAACCUAAAGAUGACUCCCUAAUAUCGUAACAAUGAGCAUGUUGACUAAAUUCAUAUGCUUGGACACAUGAAUGGAUUUAUGGAGAAAGUGGUGGUGAAAAUUGGGUCAGAGGGAGUUACUGUAAUACAUAGUCUCUAAAAUAAGAGAUACUUGUUAAAGUUAACAAGAUACAAGUUAAAAGAUACUUACUGUUUUAUUCCUAUUUGCUGGCUGGAAACAGAUUUUUUUCAUAUAUUUUUGUAGCAUAUUGGGAAGGAUGAAAGCUUUAAUAUCACCUGAUGCUCUGUGGAAUGAAUAUGUAAGAUACCUUUUGAUAUGUGCUCUGAGCUUUAAUUUUUUUGCUUAUCAGCUGAACACUAUUUCCAUAGCUUUCUAGCUCUGAUUGUAGGAAACAGUGGUACAGUGCUCCAGAUAGGAAUUAAGAUUCUAGAAAAGGAUGGAGAAAGUGGUAAAGCCAUUGCAAGACAAUUAACUGGUGCUGUUUCUACUGUAAUAAAAACAAAAUGAAAUUACAAGGAGGAGAGACCUUUAAUUCUUAUCUCCAGGAAGAGACUUCUUUCCAGUAAUCACAUGUUAGCAAAUCAGCAUAUUUCCUAUGCUUGAAGCCAACAGCUGUUUGUUCUGAAUUCACCGAAGGAAGUACACUUUAAUAGCAGGUCUCAUUCUGGUUUUGAGCUUUUAUUUAUUUUCCCAGUGACACAACUGAAUUUUUGGAACCUGAAUCCUUGUUACAAAAUGAAUUAGCUCCAAGUGGAGUUGUCAUGUCAAAUGUACCGGUGAUGGUCACCUAGAAUGUUUAUAGAGCUGUGGAUUAUAAUUACCAAUAAAUGACGAGGUUUUAGGAAUA